CUGCACAGCAAAGGCCUGUUGGUGCUUGGAAGCGUGGUGACCCGUGCUCUGGACUCUGCAUGGCCACACGGGAGCAUUUGCUGAAUCGUCUCUAGGAAGAGCCACGGCAAUCCUUGAACCCCAGCUACAGCAGCGCCGACUUCGCUCAAGAUGGCACCAGCAGUCGGAGGGCCCCAGGGAUACACCCCACCAGAGGGAGGAUGGGGUUGGGCUGUGGUCGUCGGUGCCUUCAUCUCCAUCGGGUUCUCCUACGCCUUUCCCAAAUCCAUCACAGUGUUCUUCAAAGAGAUCGAGGUCAUCUUCAAUGCAUCAAGCAGCAAAGUCUCCUGGAUUUCUUCCAUCAUGUUGGCUGUCAUGUAUGGAGGAGGUCCCAUCAGCAGCAUCCUGGUGAACAAGUACGGCAGUCGGCCCAUCAUGAUUGCCGGGGGGUGCCUGUCGGGCUGCGGCUUGAUUGCCGCGUCCUUCUGUAACACGGUGGAGGAGCUGUAUUUCUGCGUGGGGGUUGUUGGAGGUCUUGGGCUGGCUUUCAACCUGAACCCAGCCUUGACCAUGAUCGGCAAGUACUUCUUUAAGAAGCGCCCGUUGGCUAAUGGGCUCGCUAUGGCAGGGAGCCCUGUGUUCUUGUCUACGUUGGCACCUGUGAACCAAAUCUUCUUCGGUAUCUUUGGCUGGAGGGGAAGCUUUUUAAUUCUUGGCGGCCUUCUGCUGAACUGCUGCGUGGCCGGAUCUCUGAUGCGACCGAUAGGCCCCAAACCCGAUCAGGUGAAGAAAGAGGUCACUAAAGAAGCAUUGCAGGAGGCCGGGAAAGCCGGUCUGAAAAAAGAGGAAGGAUCUGGUGAUGCCAGUGCAGACCUGAUUGCGGGAAAGGCCAAGAAGGAGAAGCUCACAGUUUUCCAGACCAUCAACAAGUUCCUGGACUUGUCCCUGUUCACCCACAGAGGGUUCUUGAUCUACCUGUCGGGCAACGUUAUCAUGUUCUUUGGCCUGUUCACUCCCUUGGUCUUCCUCAGCAACUACGCCAAGAGCAAGCACAUCGCGAACGAGUCGGCUGCCUUUCUGCUCUCCAUUCUGGCCUUCGUAGACAUGGUGGCCAGGCCUUCCAUGGGCCUGGUGGCCAACACCAAGUGGAUCAGGCCCAGGGUGCAGUACUUCUUUGCUAUCUCCGUGAUCUACAACGGCGUGUGCCACCUCCUGGCUCCCUUAUCCACCUCCUACGCUGGGUUCUGCGUCUAUGCGGGCUUCUUUGGAUUUGCUUUCGGCUGGCUCAGCUCUGUCCUGUUUGAGACGCUGAUGGACCUGGUGGGCACUCAGAGGUUCUCCAGUGCUGUCGGGCUGGUGACGAUCGUGGAGUGCUGCCCCGUGCUCCUGGGACCCCCUCUCCUAGGAAAACUCAAUGACAUGUAUGGUGACUACAAAUACACCUACUGGGCCUGUGGCAUCAUCCUGAUCGUCUCUGGGAUCUACCUCUUUGUGGGAAUGGGAAUCAACUAUCAGCUGCUGGCGAAGGAGCAGAAGGCAGAGGAUAAGCUGAAGAAGGAAGGGAAGGAGGAGGAGACCAACGUGGACGAGGUGGAGAAGCAGAAGGAGGCAAACAACGACGUGGCCACCCUGCCACAGAAGAGCGCGGAGGACGGGGUAAAGGAGGAGGAGAGCCACAUGUGAGGGACCCGGGCUUUGGCGUUUUCCUCCUGGAGGGGUCGGAGGAAGCUGUCGCUCUGAAACGUUACCGGCAGGGCAGUUCCCCAGACACCGAGCCGUCGUGAGAAGUGUAUAAACCAGGUGUUCAUUUUUAGCACAGCUCUUUCCAUCUGCGCUCUGCCGCGGUCAGAGCCGUGUGCGCAGUAUCCUUGUGUUGCGGGGGUGGGGGGUGUUUUUAUAUGUUGGCUUUUUAACCGUUACAUGAAUGUACUAAUAUGUGCCUUAAAGUUUCCGCACCUAUUUGACUUUGGAGAAAGCCUUAACUCCACUUUGUAAACCAUGGUGUAGUUAGUUUUUUGUACUUUGUUUAGAGGGGGGUUUUAAAAAGCCAUAAAAGAGGAUACUGGAUGAGAUGAGGUUGACUGCCUUCACUGCCGUGUCUAAAAUGAAUACUGCUUCACAUGCUUCUUACUGCCAGACUCCCCGUGGAGGUAGGGAGGUUUUUGUUGGGGUGGGGGGUGGGGAGGGGGGCAUGGUCUUUAGAAUAAAUACGAGCAGAUAAACACUUGGGUGCCUGAGGCCAUCUGGCUGUCUCCUAGGCUGUGUCUAGCACCUUGUGAAAACACUGUAGUUACUGUAGGUUUUUUCCAGUCUCCCCUUCCUUGUAGUGAAAUCUUUGUGGAAGACUCUGAAAUGGCUGACCCAGAGGAGCGAGGCGCGCCCGCUCUUCUGUAACGCUCUGUUCUCUGCUCCUUGGGGUCUAGCCAGGUUUCUGUGCAGGCUUUCCUCCCACUCUCCCAAGCGGGGCCUGAUAGCAUGGGAAGCAUUCGGAGUCUGGUCCGUGCCGCUUUUCUAGGCCAGAAACUUCCCAGCUGCGUCCUUGACACCUUGUCUGACGGUAACACUAUGAGAUGAAAUGGGUACCGGCGCAGGAGAGCGAGCUGCAGAGCUGGGCCUGUGCCUACAUCCUUCCGACAGCAAUCCCAGCUGGCCCGGGCUGGAGCCGUGCGUCAUGCGGACACGGAGUCUGGUUUGGAAGUCUCCAGCUGCUGUCUCACUUGAAAUCGGGUGCCUGCCACUGGCAGCCAGACCUGCCUUCUCCCCCUGCCUGGCCCUGGCCCAGAGCUGCUGAAGGGGCCGGGGGGCUGUUUGAAAGUUGCCUGUAGACUAGUUCUUCCUGGGUAGCCUCUGGCCCUUUCCUUUGCACAGGAUAGGGCUCCAGAUAGGGUGCUUGCCCAGCUUGCGGGGGUCCUGCUCCUUGCAAAACUCUUACUCUCUUCAGCGAAAGCCAAACUGGCUCUUAGUGAGGGGACCUGGAUUUCCCCUGAUGUCUGGGGUGGGAUAUGUAGUAAAGUGCACUGGGGCUGACUGUUGUGCAGACUGAACGGGGCCAGGUACAGCACAGAGGCUCCCACGCUGUGGGCCAGGGACCAGCAGUGAUUCAAGGCCAUGGCACGUGGCCAGUAGAUCAUACUACCCCCAGCCCCAUCUCUUUCCGUUAGCAUUUUGAUGCCAGGGGCACAGUGCUUUGUAGGCCCAAGCAGUGUGGGAGCCCCCAGGGUGCCGCGUUCUCCCGCAGCCCUGAGACUGCAGAGCUGGAGCAGCAGAACCGAGUCGGCUCGCUCUCGUGAGCUUAGACGAGGGCGAUGCCUGCCUGGUGGCUCACGCUGAAGACGCGUAACUGGGGAGAGGAGGGAGACUUGUUUGUACGUAUUUAUUUUUUUAGCACGGGUCAAUAUCCCAGUGUACGGGCAGGGCUGCGCGAGCAGCCUGGGGCCGACCCAUCGCCGGCUCUCAAGUGUCAGUGCAUGUUGUUAGGAAAUCCUGUAAGAGGCUGAGUGUGUGGUUUUUUUUCAAAUAAACUUGUUUUUUAUAAUUCA